UAAUGACAUUUGACAAUUUAAAUGGCAAUUAGUCAUCAUUUAUGUGUGUUUUGGUCGAAGUGUUUGGAUAUAAAUAUUUUUGCGAGUUAAAAACUAAAAAGUGCAGAAGCAUUGCUGCGGUGAUAGCUUUUUUUAAGUUAUAUAAUGUGUGUAGUCUACAUCGAUGGCCGACAUGUCACAAGAAGACGUAAAUUUGUUGAAUUCUUUGGAAAAAUUGGAAUUAGAUAUUAAGUCGAUUAAAAAACCCGUGAACAGUUUCAAACCAAACCCAUUCAUGAGACGGAGACGCUCCAAAUCCCUUUCUUCCAUCAAUUUUGGUUCAACAUGUGAUUGUGCAUCGAAACAACAAAGUGUAAAGCAUACUACAUCAUUUAAAAAGCCAAACAAAAAGAUCCUCAGAGAUCCUGUGUUAAAGUUUGUUGAGUGUUCUCAAAAGGGAAAACACUCUAAAGGACACUCGUCCAAAAAGAAAGACAAACAGUUUGGUGAAACGUCAAAGCCUACAGAUGAUUUUAAGUCCAUCAUAAACGGUUGUGAACUGUUAAGCAUACGCAAUAAUGAUUCUAAUUUGGACAGGUACUCCGCUCCUAGUUUUUUAAUAGCUCAGUAUCAAAAUAAUACUCAGAGAUCUGAUAGUACGAGUCAGAACAUUGGUAGCUGCUCACAUCAAGCUAGGAUGAACGUUAAUCCCCCGUGUGAUGUGACAAUCGACGAACUUGCUAGUUACUUUGAAACAUUUGUACAUAUACCCAAAAAAAUGAGUUCUAUGGCUGAGAUGAUGUAUAUUUAACAACAUUAUAACAUUUGUGGUUUGAUGUUUAACUGCUUCGAUUCUAUAAUGUUUUAAAUAUUUAGCUGUUGUGAUGAGUAGGUUUAGGUUUUGGUUUUCAAGGUUUUGAUUGGAUUUGAUAGCACUUAAUAUUUUCUGACAAGAGCUCAGUGUAUUUGUUAUUUAAAUAUAAUUAGAACGAGUAUGACGACUACAACAUCAGAUCCCUUUCGAAGAUAAAAUAUAGGUGGAUGGACACUGUGAGCAUAAAAUUCAUAGUUGCAUGAUCUGUGUAACAUUUAUACAGUAAUCAUAAAAUAUGAUGAACCAUAGAGGCGUAUGUCUGAAAUUAGAAGAAUGUUUAUGUUCUGUAACUUAUUAAACUAUUAGGGGAAGUGAGGGCCAAGUGGAAAGGUUUCAAUAUUAUAGUACAUAUUCAUUAGAAUACAGUGUGGAAUGUACAAAAACCUUGUCGAAUUCACAUUGUAUGUUUAAUCAGAAGACAAAGGAAUAGUUAUGUUUCCUUGUCCUCCAUAAGGUGCAGUGAGCGUAUUUGAAAUGUUUGUCGUUGAAAUUUAUUUUGUCAAAUUCGAACAUAUACUAGGAUGGUCCGAUAAGUACUUAGCCUUCAAGAGAAAAACGAAAGUUUUGGAAAAGUUGUGAUUUAUUUCUGAACGUAGUCUCAUUUUAGCUCGAUAUACUUGACACAGUGUUGCUGCAACUUCUUUAACCCGUAUGAAAAAUACGUUUUCUCCAGGUCUGCAAAGUAGGCUUCGAUGGCGGCGAUGAACUCCUCAUUCGACUUAAAUUUCUGCCCGGCGAGUCACUUUUUCAAGUUUUAAAACAAAAACAAGUCGUACAGGGCCAAAUCUGGAAAAUACAGUGGAUGAGAUACCAGUUCGUAUCCCAAUUCGACCAGUUUGGCCAUGGCGACGGCGGAGGUGUGAGCUGGUGUGAUGUCAUGGCAAAAUAGCACUUUUUUCCCCAAUUGGGGCUGUUUUUUCUGAAAUUAAGGGUCGAAUCGGCCCAAUAAUUCGACAUAGUAAAGCCCCGUGACCGUUUGGGAACUUUUCCCAGACCUUUUCCUCCCGGACCUUUUCUGGGAAGUUUAUAUUUACCUUUUUAAUCCCAGAAAACGGUGACCGUCACCCCUCCGGACGAUAGGACAGACUUUGCCUUCUUCGGAGCACGCUCGCCUUCUUCUUUUGUCGGACGCCAUCGAAGCAGAAGAAUUACCAUACACAGCAAUAAAGCGUUCUUUGAUUUCACUACGCGAUUUCCCUUCCAAAAACAAGAAUUGAAACAUCGACCGAUAUUGCUCUUUUUUCAUUUUUUUCAAAAUCCCCAGACACGCCCGCUUUCACAUGCGGUCAAAACAAAACUACUACGAGUCCAAUUUGGCUGAGAUUUUGACGUAUGCCGUCUACAAGAAUGUAUUAUACAAUAGUAUAUUUCUCUUGUGAUAGUGGCGCCAUCUGGCGGAGAAGCUAAGUACUUAUCGGACCACCCAGGUAUCUGCUGGACAAAAAUUGUAAAUAAAUACUCCUCCAUCAAAGGAUGUGCAGAGUUUAUGAGCCCACUUCUGACAAAUAUUGCAGUGAGUCCACACUUCUUUGCUCUUGGAGUUGCUGUAUGGUCCUCAGUGUGGAGAUCUUCUGGAGGUUUCGGUGUGAUGAAUUUUUGGCAAAAUGUAUUCUUAUUUUUUCCUGUAUUCUUGGUCAAACUCCUCUUUGGUAUUCUCUUAUUAGCCGUUUUCUUACUUCCUUUGUUUUCUAGUUCCGUUCCUAGUUAGUUUCCCGUAGUUCCGUUUUGAAGGUGAGAUUGUGACUAGUUCUAAUUUUUAUCAUCUGGUCCGGCGGCGUCUAAAUUCAGUAGAUCUAUUAGCUCUAGGAAAAGGUAAGAUUUUCUUAGGAGCUGUAAGAUGCCUGUGGCAAUUUUUUUCCCAUGGUUGGAGAUAUUGCUAGCACAUCUCUACUGCAUGAGGGCCGCGGUCAACUUUCUUCUGUGCCUUCUAUGGAUGUAACUGAGUUUGCAGUAAGAUGCAACUGUACUUCAGUUUGGCUACUUGUGUCAUUCAGGCGGGUUUCCGAGAAGUUUUCUUCUUCGAUAAAGGGGUCUUUAGAUGGAGAAAAGUCGUCAGAGAAUACUUCAGAGUUGAAUGGGCAAGUGCCACAUUUUUUAAAUCCAGAGGUGAUAUUUUGAGAGGUGAAACUGAUUUCAAAGGCAGUUUUCACCAAAUGGGGUAUGUCAUGUUGGAUUAUUCUCCUACCUGGAAAGUUCUUCUGAAAAGUGUCCACUGCAAUUUCAAACGCCUCCUUAAACGAUCUGAACACCGUCACAUCAAGUGAUUGAAGUUUAUGCGUGGUGAGUAGUGGAACAGAUAUCAUGAUUUCUCUGGCGAGAAUUUUAAUUUCAAAUUUAAAUGUGAACUGUGGUUACGAGUGUUAUCUUUUUAAAAAUAUAUAGACUUGGAGUACUUUAUUGCUUUCCAAAAUAUGUCCCAACAAGAUCGAUACACUUUUGCAUACGUUCAAACCAAAUGCUAAAACAGUUAAUCCAGUCUCCAACAAUGGUUGAACAAUUCGAUGUUUUGAAGCUCCAAGCUAGUCUUUUGGGCAGUGUGAGCACUUGCAUUGCCCUGAUGUAGGAUGAUUCGCCGUUGUGUGUUGCUUUUUCGGAGUUUCGCUAUAAUUUCUGGUAAACAAACGGUUAUAUACCAAUCAGAAGUAACCGUUCUUCGAUGGUCUAAAACAAUUGUUGCCACAUGACCAGAUUUUGGCACAAAGUUGCGAUCAUUGUCUUUGACACACUUCGAGAACGGAUUACUUUUGUUGGUUUUCCUCAUCGUGAAACACACCCAAGGCGGAUCGGCGUUUAUUUUCCGGUUCGUAGGAGUAAAUCCAAGAUUCGUCGCCACUGACAAUGCUAUAAACGUUUUUUGAGGAGUAAAUCCAAGAUUCAACGCUGCUAAAAAUGUUCAAGAAAAUUCAACGUUUUUUGAACUUGUUUUUGUUGAACCUUUCCAAUGUUUUUCGACACCAAUUGACGCGAACCGCCUUUUGUCCUUCUGUAAGCAAAUGAGGGAUCCAACGGGAAACCAACUUUGUAACAACCAGUUCUUUUGGAUCGAGGUCUUCGAAAUGUCCAAAGAUUCCUCUAUCUCCCGGUAUGUUAAUUCGCUGACGAACCGCAUCAAUGUUUGCUGUGUAACUGCUGUUUUGGGUGGACCUGGGUGGAAACACGUGCAUUUAAACAUUAACGCCGAGUCGCGUUGGUGUUGCAUUGUAAUUGGGUUGCUGUCGCCGGUUGUUUUUGAUGAGAACACGGUCUAAAAGAACCAUCCUUCUUUAACAAGUUAGUCUCUAUACGAGUCUGCAUUAAAGAAUUCGAAAAAAGGAUGUAUAAUUUUUUCCUGUAAAUUCCCUUAAUUUAUCUCGUGAUAGAUUCCUCGAUUGAACCUUAUACUUCAUUUAUUUUAAAAUUGCAUGCAGGACAAUUAUUCUAAGAUAUAUGAAGUUAUGGAUAUGCGUUCAUCUCAUUUGUGGUUUAUCGUAUAAUGAAUACAUGUAUUUAUGUUACUUGUCUUUAACAGUUGAUGAUAUAAAUGAAAGAGUCGUAACAAGCAGAAGAGUAAUACUGUUGUAAAGGGAGCAUUCUUAUAAAUAAUUAGACAAUUCUAUCAGUUGAAAUUAGAAUCUGAAUUCGUUGUUUAUUACUAUAAUAUACUGUACAUAUACAAUAGUUUCAUUAUUAAAUCCUUAGUGAAUAUAUAAAAAGCAAUUAGAUAUUGCAGUUUAACAAUAUGAAAAUUAUUGUUUAAUUUACUUUUUUGUAUAAAAUAAAAAAUUGUAGAAUA